AUGACGUUGCAUUUGAAUAAAAACAAGGUUUACAAAUCAAUCCAGAUAUUGGCAAAAAUCACAAGGGGUACCCUAACUCGUCACAAACGUAUUCAUACAGGAAUGAAACCAUAUUGUGACAUUUCUGGUAAACCCUUCUCUGCAGGUAGCAGCUUUAUUCAACUCAAACAAGGUCAUACAAGUGAGAAACAUAAACCAUACCAGUGUGAUAUCUGCGGCAAAUCAUUCUCUGUAAAAAGUUACUUGGUGAAACACAAACAAAUUCAUAGAGGAGAGAUAUCAUAUUGUUGUGAUAUCUGUGGUAAAUCAUUCCCUGGAAGUGUGUCAUUAACUAGACAGGAACGUAUCCACACAGGUGAGAGACCUUAUCAGUGUGAUAUCUGUGGAAAAUCAUUCUGUCAGAAUGGGGAAUUGUUCUCACACAGGCAUAUUCAUACAGGAGAGAAACCAUAUCACUGUGAUAUCUGUGGUAAAUCAUUCUCUCAGAAUGGUGAAUUAACUGUUCACAUGUAUAUCCACACUGGGCAGAAACCAUACCAGUGUGAUAUCUGCGGUAAAUCAUUCUCUUGUAACCCUCGCUUAACUGUACACAAACGUAUUCAUACAGGAGAAAAGCCAUAUCAUUGUGAUAUUUGUGGUAAAUCAUUCUCUGUAAAUAGUAGGUUAAAAACGCACAAACUUAUUCACACAGGUGAGAAACCAUAUAGUUGUGAUAUCUGUGGCAAAUCAUUCUCUUUAAGGGGCAAUUUAACUACACACAAGCGUAUUCACACAGGAGAGAAACCAUAUUGUUGUGAUAUCUGUGGCAAAUCAUUUCCUCGAACCGAUGGUUUGACUGUCCACAAAUACAGUCAUACAGGUGAGAGACCAUAUUGUUGUGAUAUCUGUGGUAAAUCAUUUUCUCGAAAUCACAACCUGACCGACCACAAACAGAUUCAUACAGGAGAGAAACCAUAUCGCUGUGAUAUCUGUGGCAAAUCAUUCCUUCGAAAUCGAGAUUUAACUAUUCACAUACGUGUUCACACAGAAUAGAGACCUUAUCAGUGUGAUAUCUAUGGUAAAUACUUCUCUGUAUUAAGUUCCUUAAUUAAUCACAAACAUAUUCACACAGGGGAGUAACCAUAUCAGUGUGAUAUCUGUGGUAAGUCUUUUCUCUGGAAGCUUAUUUAACUAAACACAUUCUCUGUAAGUGGUUAUUUUCACACAAG